GUCCCCAGAUGGAAACUGACAGCGGUGACAGCGACGGAGGAUAACAAUGACGGAAGGCAGAGCGAUUCAUCCCAACCCGAAGCCACAGCAUUCCUGAAGGAUACCUCCACCUUGACAUAUCGCAGCGUGCACGACAGCCUGGCACGGACCGAGCUGAAAGGUUGCCUCUCUCGUCAGGAGCUGAAAGACAACAGGAGCCAAAGCUCUGGGGACCAGGCGUCAGCAGAAACCCACUCUGUCUCGCUUGCAGUAACAAAUGAGCCUUUAUUUGUGAAGUUAAAAGUGCUAACAGCCGACUCCAGAAGGGCCAAUUACUGGCUGACGGGACUACGGGGGCCAAGAUGAAGGAGACGACAGUUGUGGCUUGUUUGCUGGCGGAGCUGUCUCUGGCUGCUUUUGCUCUGGCCUCUCAGGGGGACGCCCAUUGCCCUGCAUUGUGUCGAUGUGAGAUACGACCCUGGUUCUCUCCCAGCUCUGUUUACACCGAGGCUUCCACCGUGGACUGUAACGAUCUGGGCCUCUCGGUGAUACCGGAGAGACUCCCAUCGGAAACAGAAGUGCUGCUGCUACAGACGAACAACAUUGCUAAUGUGGAGAAGACUUUGGACUACUUGGACAACAUCACUGAAAUCGACUUGUCUCAGAACAACAUUUCUUCGCUGGGCAAUGUCUGUCUGGGGUCUCUUCCCCAGCUCCUGUCACUCCACAUGGAGGAGAACUUGAUCCAGGAGCUACCGGACAGCUGCCUCGCUUCCUUUCCAAACCUCCAGGAGUUUUACGUUAACCACAACCUGAUUUUCUCCAUCGCCCCCGGUGCUUUCCAGGGCCUGAACAGGCUGCUGAGGCUCCAUCUCAACUCCAAUCGACUGACAAGUGUCAACAGCAAGUGGUUCCAGCAUCUCCCCAGCCUGGAGAUCUUAAUGCUGGGAGAAAACCCCAUCAUCGAGCUGUCAGACAUGAACUUUAAACCCCUGAGGAACCUACGAAGCCUCGUGCUUGCCAAGAUGAAUUUGACUGAAAUGCCGGACAACGCUUUUUUCGGUCUUGAUAAUUUGGAGAGCAUCUCAUUUUUUGACAACCUGCUCAAUCGAGUCCCCCACGUGGCGUUGACUCGAGUCCAGUACCUCAAGUUCCUGGAUUUGAACAAGAACCCGAUUGAGAGGAUUCAAAGAGGUGAUUUCAUGGACAUGAUGCAUCUCAAGGAGCUCGGCAUCAACAGCAUGCCUGAGCUUGUGUCAAUCGACAGUUUUGCCCUCAACAACUUGCCCGAGCUGACAAAAAUCGAGGCCACAAACAAUCCCCGGUUGUCCUACAUCCACCCGAGGGCCUUCCACAAGCUUCCCAGUCUUGAGACUCUGAUGCUGAACAGCAACGCUCUGAGCGCAAUCCACCGCAGCACCGUGGAGUCCCUGCCCAACCUGCGAGAGGUCAGUCUGCACAGCAAUCCUAUCCGCUGCGACUGCGUCAUCCGCUGGGUCAACAUGAACAGGACCACGGUUCGGUUUAUGGAACCUGACUCUUUGUACUGCGUCGAGCCUCCGGAGUACCAAGGCCAGCACCUCCGACAGGUGCACUUCAGGGAGAUGACAGAGAUCUGCCUUCCCCUGAUAUCACCUGGGAGUCUCAAGAAGAGUGUUGACGUCAGUAAAGGGAGGUCAGUGUCACUGCACUGCCGGGCGUUUGGAGAACCGGAGCCUCAAAUUAUCUGGGUGACACCAUCGGGCGACAGGGUCCUACCUGGGAGUGUGUCUGAUAAGUACUACAUGCACCCUGAGGGAAGCUUAGAUAUCUACGAUGCCACGGAGCAGGAAGCGGGCUCGUACACCUGCAUCGCCCACAAUCUCGUCGGGGCAGACAUCAAGUCUGUGAUGGUUGCGGUGGACGGACACAUUACCCAGCCUUCAAAUCAACCUCUACAUGUGUAUAUCACAUCUAUCCAGUCUCAUUCUGUAAGGGUUUCCUGGGAGAGUGCAGGGGGUUUGGUAUCGCAACUACGUUGGUCCACUUUAGCCGACGGCAGCAGCCUCUUGAUGCCGUUCUCAGCCAGGCUUCCCACUGAUGUCAAAGAGUACCACAUCAAGCAGCUGAUGCCUUCCACUCGCUACCAGGUUUGCGUUGAGGUCCCUGCAGCACAGCCUGGAUACAGCAGGGACUGCGUCAACGUGACCACAAAGGGGGCACCGAUCCCAACGGGUAAAACUGAGAACUGGGACAGUCUGGUGAUGGCUACCUGCGCUGUGUUUUUCAUUGCGGUUGCCGUGGCUUGCUCCGUCAUCUAUACGUCUCUAUACAGCCAAGUGUUUUACAGGAAACUGAUAGCAGAGCCGGCCGAAACGCUGCCGAUUCUCAGCACUCGUUCGUUUUCCUCUCCUCCGUCUGAUUUCCUGGAAUCAGGCGAGUGUGGGAUCAAGGUGAGGGCCACUGUAAUAGACUUACCGGACGACUCCGUGUAACAAACGUCCUUGUCUGGGAAAGCACUAGGGGAUUAAGCGAAGAUGAAGAGUGAUGGACACUGGACAAUGUGAUUUAUGUGCUCUCUUUUCAAGACUUUUGGUGCUGGACACUUUGCACUGGAACUCAGCUGGGUGGCAUCAGAGCAGAAAUGCCAACACAUUUACAGGCGUAGCUAAAAGCAGAGAGGAUUUUGUAUUUCAAACACUAUAACAAGCUUAAUCAGGCAGAUGUCUUGACUAUAAUCCACAUGGCUACUGGUCAUUCAUGCAGUGCAACCGGAAUAAGGCACAGCACGGGAAUUUCUGUAUUCAAUACUUUGCUGAGACUGCUUUAAUGUCUGCAAAAAGCGUUUUCUUUGCUGUUACAUUAAACGUUGCCAAGCCAAGAUAGUUUAUAACGGAGGAGGAGAAAACAGUAUUGUUAGUUUGGUGUACAAUUAAAACGACUAUAAUGUAAACAAUUUUAUGAACAAAUACAUUUUUCAUUAAACCUG